UCGGAUGACUCGAGAUCAGUCUUCGGGUAGGGACUGCACCUCGAGGAAGGAAUUAUAUCCAUGUGAGACAUGGAAGAAGAUGGGAUCAAGCAACCAGCCAACCCAGUUGAGACAGCCAGUUGUGUGGAGAAGCUGUUUUUCAGCUGGGUGACUCCUCUGUUCCGCAAAGGCUAUCGCGACACCCUACAAGAGAAAGACCUGUUCGCCUGUCCCAAGUGGGAGCGUUCGGAACGCGUUGCAGACAGACUACAAACAGAAUGGGAAAAAGAAACGAGGAAAUCGAAGCUGGGUCAGCAACCAAGCCUCUUCAAGGCAGUCUUUCGGUCCUUUGGGCUAACUUACUGCACCGUCGCCCUGCUCAUCCUUGUAGAGGAAUGUUUCAAGAACGUAAUGCAACCUGUCAUGCUGGGCUGGGUGGUCCGAUAUUUCGUCGCUCCAGAGCGCAUCACAAAGACAGAGUUUUAUCUGUCAGCCGCCGGCGUCUCAAUCUUGGGCGGCAUGCACAUCUUCACGCAUCAUCCUUACUUUUUCAACAUGCAGCGCAUGGGAAUGCGCAUACGUGUAGCCUGCUGCAGCCUUGUCUACAGAAAGGCUUUAAGGCUGAGCCAGUCGGCUUUGUCGAAGACAGCUGUGGGGCAGAUGGUGAACCUGCUGUCCAAUGACGUCAACCGAUUUGACCAGUCUGUCUUGUUUGUACCAUACUUGUUUGCCGGCCCGCUGCAGACCAUAGUCAUCACUUGGAUCCUUUGGGAAUAUCUGGGCGUCAGCUGCCUAGCGGGCAUUUCAUUCGUCCUGCUCUACAUUCCUUUCCAAGGUUGUCUUGGCAAGGCCUUCUCUAAACUCAGGGCACAAACAGCUGCUCUCACAGACGAGCGCAUCCGUUACGUCAACGAGUUCGUUGCUGGCAUGAGGGUAAUCAAGAUGUACAGUUGGGAGAAGCCCUUCGCCAAUCUUGUGGCGGACAUGCGCAGACGAGAAGUACGCAAGAUCCGCGAGACGUCCGUGCUACGAGCGGUCAACAUGGGCGUCUUCUUCAUGUCUUCAAAGCUGGUGCUGUUCCUGUGCUUCGUCACCUUUGCCCUGUUGGGAAACCCGCUCACUUCGGAAUGUGUCUUCGUCAGCAUGUCCCUCUUCAACAGUUUGCGUCUGGCUAUGACCCUCUACUUUCCCUACGGUAUGGGCCAAGGUGCAGAAACGCUCAUCUCCAUCAAAAGGCUGCAGAAAUUUCUCUUACUGGAAGAGCAAGAACAAGCUGCCACUUCAAGUUCUGCCAAGCUCAGACCUAAGCUUCAUAACUGCGCCGUCAUUGUUAACAACAUAACAGCUUACUGGAAUAAGGAAAUUUCUGACGCCACUCUAAAGAACAUCUCGGUAACGGUCAAACCAGGAGAAUUGCUCGCCGUCGUUGGCCCCGUCGGCUGCGGGAAGACCUCUCUUCUGAUGUCAAUCCUUGGCGAGUUACCUGUAACGAGCGGCUCUACCAAGGUCAUGGGCCGCGUCGCCUACGCAUCCCAAGAACCCUGGAUGUUUACGGGCAGUGUCCGAAACAAUGUUGUCUUCGACAGUGGCUUUGACGCCGACCGCUACAAGAGGGUUAUUUAUGCAGCCGCUAUGGAGCGGGAUAUCACACUUCUGCCGUACGGUGACAAGACCCUGGUGGGAGACAAAGGAGUUUCUUUGAGCGGUGGUCAGAAAGCGAGAGUAAAUUUGGCUAGGGCUUUGUACUAUGAUGCAGAUAUAUAUCUUUUGGACGAUCCCCUCAGUGCUGUGGACACCGCAGUAGCGAAGCACUUGUUCGACAAGUGCAUCCGUGGCUACUUGAGGAACAAAAUUGUCAUCCUGUGCACGCAUCAGUUGCAGUUUCUGCGAGCUGCUACACAAGUCCUGGUCUUGAAAGAGGGCAAGACGCUGGCUUUGGGAACGUACCAUCAGCUUCAGAGCAUGGGCAUUGACCUGGAAUCAUUACUGGAAGAGAAACCUCUGGACGCGGACGUACCCAUGCCACAUCAGUCUCCUAUAGCCGUGCGUCGCAAGUCGUCGGCAUUCGAUCCGUUCGACGGGACGCCGUUGGAUGAAUCAGCAGCCUACCACACCUCCCCCCCAGGGAACGAAAAGCUUGAUAUGGCAUCUCCUGGUGCCUUAUACGAGUCCAAUGUUUCGCUGGCAGGCUCUUACGAGAACAUCAACUUUGAAAAGCCGGGCAUCGAAGACAAAGAUGCUGCGGCACCUGUUGAGGUGGAAGAGUCUCGUAGCACUGGUUCGGUGAAGGGCCACGUCUACUGGAAUUACAUGCGAGCUGGCGCGGGAUCUGUCCUCAUGCCGUUGCUCUUCGUCAGUAGCGUGCUAGCCCAGGCAAUCUUCAAUGGAUCGGACUUCUGGCUCACUGACUGGUCCAGCAGAUCUGAACAGAGACUCAAAGAACUCGCACAAGCUGCCAAGUUUGAAUCGUUCGACGUAAACAGUACCGUCGCUACAACAGUUGACUACUUCACUACUACUACAUUGCCCCCUGAACCUCCCACGGUGCAGCAGUCCAACAUCACUUGGCCCGCAUUCUCAGAAGACCCCGCGGCGUGGUGGUCUUUGUAUUGGAGCUCCAUGGAUGAAGUCACUUACUACGUGGUCGUCUAUGCAAUCAUCAUCGUCGCAUUGUUUAUUUCCUCCAUGAUGCGCACGGUCGCCUUCUUCGUCAUGUGUAUGCGUUCAUCUGUGAGGCUUCAUAAUCGCAUGUUCAGAUGUAUUAUACGUGCUCCCAUCGUUUUCUUCGACACGAAUCCCAUAGGUAGAAUCCAGAACAGGUUCGCCAAAGACUUGGGUACCAUCGACGACUUAUUGCCGGUCACGGGCUUGGACAUCACAUUCAUCUUCUUGAAUCUUCUCGGCGUUCUGGUUGUGGUCGCAGUCAUCAGCCCAUGGAUCAUAAUCCCUACCUUAAUUUUGUUCGUAAUUUUCUACUUCCUGCGUCGGUUCUACAUGCGCACAGCUAGGGACGUCAAGCGACUGGAAGGAGUUACUCGAAGUCCCGUAUUUUCGCACCUGAGCACUUCCUUGUACGGCCUGACCACCAUCCGAGCGUUCGGUGCUCAGCGAACAUUCGAGCGAAUGUUCGAUCUCAAGCAGGACCACCACACUUCCGCCUGGUACAUGUUCCUCUGCACCGCACGUUGGUUCGGCAUCACUCUCGACCUCAUCUGUUUCGCUUACAUUUCCGUGGUCACCAUGUCACUUGCGUUGUCAACUGAUGGUUCCGUCACAGGAGGUGGUGUUGGUCUGGCCAUCGCGAACGCUCUCAUGCUUACCGGCAUGUUCCAGUGGGGUGUGCGGCAGUCGGCAGAGAUUGAAAGCCAGAUGACAUCGGUAGAACGUGUGUUAGAGUACAGCAGGCUACCUGCGGAAGCUGCCUUGGAUUCUUCGCCCGAUAAGAAACCAGAAUCAUCUUGGCCUACACACGGGUCCAUCGCGUUCGAAGGAACUUCGCUCACUUACAAACCAGGGGAACCGCCGGUGCUCAAGAACCUGCGGUGCCAGAUCAGGCCUACAGAGAAGGUCGGUGUGGUGGGUCGGACAGGUGCUGGGAAAAGUUCACUCAUUGCUGCGCUGUUCCGGAUGACUGAACCGGACGGUCCUAUCUACAUUGAUGGCGUCGACAUCCGGGAAAUCGGACUUCAUGAUCUUAGGAACAAGGUUUCUAUCAUUCCGCAGGACCCUGUGCUGUUCACGGGUCCGAUUCGGCGGAAUCUGGACCCUUUUUCUGAACAUAAGGACGACCAGCUUUGGAAGGCGCUCGAAGAGGUCCGUCUGAAGAGCGCGGUUGAGGAACUCCCAGGAGGCCUUUCAGCUGAAGUUACCGAAGGUGGAGGCAACUUCAGCGUGGGGCAACGUCAACUGAUCUGCCUAGCCAGGGCAGUGUUACGUCAGAACAAGAUUCUCGUCAUGGAUGAGGCCACCGCUAACGUGGACCCAAAGACGGAUUUCCUCAUUCAGACCACGAUAAGGGAGAACUUCAAGAACUGUACAGUGCUGACCAUCGCGCACAGACUUCAUACCAUCAUGGACUCCGAUAGAGUGAUUGUCCUCGAUGCUGGGGAGAUCUUGGAAUUUGAAGAACCGUACGAACUGAUGAAGAACGAACACAGUACGUUCACGCAAAUGGUGAAGCACACGGGGUCUUCCAUGGCGGGGCAGUUGUGGAAGAUGGCCUGCCUGGCGCGAGCCCACAGACUGAGACAGCCAGAGAGCGAGGCUGAAGAAGAGAUUCCGCAGUGGUUCCUAACUGCCACGCAGCCACAGACCACGCUCCCUACGCACUACACGGAGACCGUGGAAGAAGCGGAGGAAGAGGAGACCGAAAAACAGACCACAUGCUUAUGACUUUGACCAAGAGUCCAUCUGGUCCGUUUUAUUGUUCAAACAUUAAGUUAUGACCUUUUAUACAGAGUAAUUUUGCCGGUUCCUCAAAGUGGUUUCGAGAGACACUGUCUUGGACUUGUAUUUGCACUUGCGAGUCUCCACUUAUCUGCGACCAGCGUCGGGCUGGUUAAAGACCUUACCGGGAAAGUAUACCUGUCGAGUCCCUUGCCGCGGACCCGUUCUUUCUUUAUUUUUUGUAAGAUUUUUCGUCCCGAUAUACGGUCACUGUCGGCUACAAAGAGUUACCAUUUCAAGUAAGAGCUGGGUCAACUUUAAUGGUUGGGUUUGGAAAAAUUAGGAACACCGAAUUGUCAUGGUGCAUCAAUACGUUCUUUCCGCGUUCAGAAUCUGAGCGCUUGAAACGAUGUGCGAUGCCAAGUAAUCUGCCUCAGAAAGUUUAGUCGAAUUCAGUUAUUAAUGUACGUGAUAUAGCGCAAAUCUGUUUGUAAGCAUUUGCUUGGGUCUGAAGUGGUUGUGAGAGUGUUCUACGGAGCAGGUGACUGCAAAUGAACGUGCUCAUAUCGACCCGUUAGGGUUGAAGAUCCAUACUGACUUUUGAGAUCAUGUUGUGUUUGCAGCUUAACAUAUCAGGGACGUUUCUCUCUCUCACCUCUCUGUACUGGCUCAUAAAAGGUUACGUCAACGUG